AUGUCCCCAAUAGGCAUCGGUCCUGAGAAGUCCUCUCGAAAAUUGGCCAAACCAGAGGUCCGGGAGCUCUCCUCCUCACUAACAAACGAUUACGGAGACAUCUGCGUCAUCGUCGGUGUUGACAAAUUAGACAACAUCAAAGGACUACCAAAGAAGAUACACGCCCUCGAUCAAGCCCUGUCCGAAAAUCCUGAAGGAUUCGGAAAAGUGAUGCUGGUACAAGUAGCGGUACUGAGCCGAGAAAAAACCAGGAGACCGCCAAAACCCUGA